AUGAAAUUUCAAUUGUGUUUACUAUUAUUAGCAGUGUUUAGUGCUAUUCAUGCCAUCGUCAUUCAACCACAGCCAACUCGCACAGCAGAUGGAGUAGGAGCACUCAUAAGAAGACAUCAAGGAUCGCCUACACCUGCCCCCAAAAGAUUUAUCAAAAGAGAUUUGGAAGAGUCCCUGAGUUUAUAUGAAAAUUGGGCAAAUGAUUGCAAUGGCAAUAAUGACAACAAUGCAAAGGUCGCUGUAUCCGAUCUGAACAAUCUCUGGCAAACUGUAACAAGCACUGUCUAUUGCGGCAAUGGCAAUAUGAGAACUGUCACCAAAACUGUUACAGCUACCAAGGAAAAGACGACUACAAAGAGUAGCGGUGGAAGCGGUAGCAGUAGUGGUAGCAAAGGGCCCGUAUGCGAUGAUAAAUGCUGGAGCACUUACCUAUGGCACACGUAUGGUUACGGUAUCUCUGUCGCUCAAGGUUUUACUGGCAUUGUUAUGAUGCUGAUAGGUCUCUACUUCUUGAUCUUUGGCUUCAGCUCAUUCAGAGGUACAUUGGCUGCUGUGGGCUUUGUCUUUUUCGCACUCAUGACAUGGAUUGGCCUGGUCAAUAAUGAGCCCUUGUAUGGCUAUCCCCAUAACGAGAUUGUGUACAUCUGUGUCAGUGUCGGUCUCGGUCUUGUAGGAGCCUUCCUCUUCCUAUUCUUAUUUGGCAUCUCAUUGUAUUUCAUUGGCGGUCUUGCUGGUCUCUUUCUCGCCGUUUUUAUCUUGUCAUGGAAAGAAAACUUGGUGAUUCAGAUUGCUGUAGCACGCAUCUGCUUUAUCGUAGGCAUGGGUGUUGUGUUUGCCGUGCUACUUAUUCUGGCUGAAAGUUAUCUUGUCAUAUUUUGUACAGCAUUCAUUGGUGCCUAUCUGUUGAUCUUGGGUUUGGAUCUAUUUAUCCACACUGGUCUGGUCAAUGCCUUUUUGUCUAUAUUCGAUGGCAACAAGAAUCACGUCAAUGUUUACAUUAUCAGAACCCCUGUCUUUGUCAUGCUUGCCUUUAUCAUUGUGCUCACUUUGGGCUCAUUUGGCUGGCAAUAUUACUGGAAUAUUGUCUCCAAGAAAAAGCAAUUUGGUGUUCACAUUGAAAAAAAGGACCCCGAGGCUGAUGAAAAGAAGUAG